AUGUCCCGUGAGCGCUGCUGCUGCUGCCGGUGCGAGCGCUGGCCACCACCACCGCCGCUACGCUGCUGGGUACCACCCCGACCAGCUCCACCUCCUCCACCACUACUGCCUCCGCCGCUGCCGCCUCCACUGCCUCCACCUCCGCCGCCUCCACCUCCGCCGCUGCCUCCACCACCACCGCUGGCACCACCACCACCGUCUCCGCCGCUGCUGCCACCACCACCACCACCACCCCCGCCACUAGUCCCGCCGCCACCCCCACUCCCUCCGCCGCCACCGCCGCCACCGCCACCGCCCCCCCCAGCUCCACCCGCGCCCUUGCCUCCCUUGCCCUUGCUGGAGCGACGUCUCCCACUAGGGGCAGACGCCGCGCCGACCGACUCAAGACCAAGCAGGUCGGCAGCAGCAGCAGAGGCAACAGAGGGCAGCAAGGGGGAAGGAGAGCACCCCUCAAAGAUGGGGCAAGACGUGCAGCAGCAUCGCGGGUGGCCCACUUAG